UAUUUAUCAACGAAACACGACAUCACGACCAACGCGCUCCCAUCUCCAUCUUGCUCUCUUGGACCUGCGGCGCACUCGCGCCAUCCUCUCCUUCAAGAUGGACCACCUCAAAUCCGCCCGCCAAACCAUCCCACCCCUCUUCACGCACCCCUCAAAAUUCCUCUCCCUCUACAGCAACUUCAUAACCAAAAACCAGUCCUCCGUAACGCAAAUCGAAUCGGCGCUGCGCUCCCUAACCUACAUCAUCCCCGGCCGCUUCCGCGAUGCUGAGCUUGCGUCCGAGUCCCUCCAUUCGUCUAUCCAGCUUUUAUCUAUGUACCACGAUACGCUGUUAACGCGCGCUGUGAGCAAAUUGCCGGGCAUGCCUAGGGCGCAGAGCCCGCAUAAUCGGUACACGAAGUUCUGGAUGGUGAAGAGUGGGAUGUAUAGGAAGGUCGCGACCUUGCUAGCGGUGGUGCAGUAUACGGAACUAUUGUGGGAGAUGAUGGCUAAGCGGAAAGGGGAGAAGAUCCGAUGGCGCGUCGUUGUGCUUUUGGAGGUUGUGAAGGCUGUGUGUAGAUUCCUGCUAUUGAGAAUCACGCAUUCGAGACCGUUAGUUACACCCGCGUUACCGGAACGAGAGGUCAUUCCGGACGAGAGGGAGGAUGAGGAGGAGGAACUUUUUGAGGAUGAGGGUUAUGGUGGGAGUGAGGCGUCUGGACCGGGAUCUGGGAGGAGGAUCGAGCCGAAGGAGUAUAAGAUGAAGAGGACGGGGUUGAGUUUACCGGUAUUGCCCAACCCGAGUGAUAUCUCGAGCUACCUACUCUCGAGAGUCUUAACAGCAGACGAUAUCAAAGCCCCAUCCGCGCUCUUGAACAAAGUCAACGGCUCAGCACAACUAGCCGAGAUCCUCCACAUCAUCCAACCAGUUAUCUACGCCAUUGCAAUGAGCAGAAGUAAAGAUAAAUCAAAUUGGCAACCCUGGCUCCUAGGCCUAAGCAUCGAAUACGCAGCACGACAGCUCCGGAAAGAUGGUCUUAGGACAACGGCCUUGGAAAGAGAGCAGUGGGGCAAGAGAGGCUGGGCGAUGGGAUGGUGGGCUAUGAGAGGUGCUUUCUAUGAGAAUGUUACGAAGGGAUUCUUGCAUAAGACGAGCGAGAAGUUACCUAGUUUGAUUGCCGGAGUGUUGGAUGAUUACUUGUAUCUUUGGGAUGGAUAUUAUUUUAGUUCGAGUUCGAAUUAAUGUACCGAUAGAUAUACUUUCUUUGAAUAGAGAGUUACUGCUUCAAUGUUUGUUGUUGAGGUAUAUUGUGGAAUAUUCUUCUAAACAAGAAUGUCUGACUUGAACUCGGAACUUGAUCAUGGAACCUAGUUCUCUGUUCGUACGUUUAAAGCAAAUAACCAACACCUUUCAACAAUACCAAUGU